AAAGAGGAAGACGCGGAGGUACUCUCAUUUUCUCGUAAUCUAUUCUUCUUUUGAUUCUCCGCAAAAUCCUCUGAGAAAGAUAAAGAUUAGAUUUUUGGUUUUGUUUGCGGGGGAGAAGAGAGGAUCUUUCUUGUUGUUGGUUUGAGGGAUUGAAGAAGAAGAAGAAGAAGAAGAAAUGAACCGACAAGGCGGUGGACAACGGCUGAGAUCAGCUAGACCCACCACAAUUCACGACUGUGCUCUCUCCGGCGAUCUUAUUGCGUUGCAGAGGCUUCUUAAAGACAACCCUUCUCUUCUCAAUGAACGCAAUCCCGUUAUGUAUCAUACGCCUCUUCAUGUUUCUGCUGGUAAUGGUAAUGUUGAUAUAGUUAAGUAUCUUCUCGCUUGGACUGGAUCUGAUAAAGUUGAAUUGGAAGCAAUGAAUACUUAUGGUGAGACUCCAUUGCACAUGGCAGCCAAGAACGGUUGCAAUGAAGCUGCAAAGCUACUUCUUGAGAGUGGUGCUUUUAUUGAAGCUAAAGCCAGCAACGGUAUGACGCCAUUGCACCUUGCGGUAUGGUACUCAAUUACUUCGAAAGACAUCUCUACUGUUAAGACACUGCUCGAUAAUAAUGCAGAUUGCAGUGCUAAAGAUAAUGAAGGGAUGACUCCUUUGGAUCAUCUACCUAAAGGGCAAGGCAGUGAGAAGUUAAGGGAGUUGUUGCGCUGGUUUCUUCAAGAGCAGAGGAAAAGAAGUGCGCUUGAGCAGUGUGGUAAGACAAAAGCCAAGAUGGAACUACUUGAGGACGAGUUGUCAAAUAUUGUUGGAUUAAGUGAGCUGAAGACACAACUGAGGAAAUGGGCAAAAGGAAUGCUUCUAGAUGAGAGGAGAAGGGCUCUUGGCCUAAACAUUGGGAAUAGAAGACCUCCGCAUAUGGCAUUUCUUGGAAACCCUGGAACAGGUAAGACCAUGGUGGCUCGAGUUCUCGGGAAGUUGCUUAACACAGUUGGAAUUUUACCAACCGAUAAGGUAACAGAAGUACAGCGUACGGACUUGGUUGGUGAGUUUGUUGGCCAUACAGGGCCAAAGACCAGGAGAAAGAUCCAAGAAGCUGAGGGAGGAAUUCUGUUUGUGGAUGAAGCAUACCGGUUGAUCCCGAUGCAAAAGGCGGAUGACAAGGACUAUGGUCUAGAAGCUCUCGAAGAAAUCAUGUCUGUCAUGGACACAGGGAAAAUCGUGGUGAUAUUCGCUGGAUACAGCGAGCCCAUGAAGCGUGUGAUAGCAUCGAACGAAGGGUUUUGCAGAAGGGUCACAAAGUUUUUCAAUUUCAGCGACUUUAGUGCCAAAGAACUGGCCCAGAUACUACACAUCAAGAUGAGCAACCAAGGAGAGGACACUCUGUUCUAUGGCUUCAGUUUGCAUGAGUCGUGCACCCUGCAGGAGAUAGCAUCACUGAUUGAGAGGGAAACAACCGAGAAGCAGAGGAAAGAGAUGAAUGGAGGAUUGGUCGACACGCUACUUGUUAACGCGAGGGAGAAUCUUGAUCUCCGACUUAGCUUUGAGUGUGUUGACACUGAAGAGAUUUGCACAAUCAAGUUAGAGGAUCUAGAAGCCGGACUUCGUGUUUUCUCUCAGUGAAGAGUUUCGAGGUUCGGAAUUAUGAUGUCUGAUGACUAAAAAUUGAUUAGUAUUUACAAAUUGUAUUGAUUCAAUUCUUUACAUCCUAUUCUUUAUGCUUUUGUUCCCCUCAAGAUCUUUGUAAGAGGAGAGAUUUCAACUUCCAUAGUCUGAUUAUGAAUCUAUUUGUGUUAUAUAAACUAUAUUGCUGUUUGCCCUUA